AUGUCACUCUCGCUCUUUCUCCCCUUCCAUUAUUCAUUUCCUUGCUUAUCAUUUCUUUCUUUGUCUCUCUUUCUCAAUCUCUAUUUAUCUCACUUUCUCUCUAUCACUUUCUUCGUCUCUCUAUCUCUGGCUUUUGUUCAUCCUCUAUCUCUUUGCUUCUCUCUCUCUCUCUCUCUCUAUCUAUCUAUCUAUCUAUCUAUCUCACUUACUUUAUAUUUAUUUAUCUUUAUGCCUUCUUCUUUAACCGACCUUAUCUCUUUAUCUGUCUUACUAUCUCUAUUUUUACUUGUCUUUCGCUAUCUCUCUCUCUCUCUCUCUCUCUCUCUCUCUCACUUUCUAUUUCUUUCCUUGUCUCCAUUUUCUCCCAUUUACUCUCUUUUUCUCCACCUUUCUAUCUCUUUCUAUCUCUCUCUUUUUCUCGCUUCUUUCUUUCCUCUAUAUCUCUAUUUUAGGUUUCUCUAUCUUUCUCAUUCUGCAUCUAUUUUUAUCUCUCUUCCCUUUCUCUUUCUCUCACUCUCUUUCUUUCUCUCUUUCUUUUUCUUUCUCUUUCUUUUUGACUUUCUUUUUAUUUCACUUCCCCGUUCCUUCUCUCCCCCUUAUAGCUCUCUCUUUCUUAUCCAUUCUACAUUUUUUUAUCUCUCUCUUAUUUCUCUUUUAAUCUCUAGUCUUAUCAUCACUGUAAUCUCUCUCUCCCUCUCUCUCUCUCUCUCUCUCUCUCUCUCUCUCUCUCUCUGA